CACUACGCCCCCUGGCGCCUUUCACACAUACUGAUGCGGCCAUACGACCGCGCGCGAGCAUGCAUGGCAUCGGAGCUGGCUGAGCUCGAGGAGGAAAGUCUGCGAAUGGAAGGGUUGAUAAAAUCCGUGCUGGCCGACUCCCAAAAGGCCCAGGCCGCACAGCUCGCGCUGGAAGAACUGAUUGCAACACGCGCGAGUUUAAAGGCUUUGCUCCUACAGCAGUUGAAUGAGGAGGAGGAGCUGCCAAUUGCGCUCCCGCAAGGUGUGGACACAAGCAAGCCGGGCGUGGAGCCGCAACACGACGAACAGGUUCCCGGUCCCUGUCGGGCUCGGACUGUCCCAUCCGAGCAGCAGGAGACGCGCUAUCAGUUCGCGUCCUUGAAACAGUUCCUGCAGAAGUUCCGCCCACCACCAUUGCAUCUGUCGUCGUGCGUCUUGUCAUCGUCGCCUUCCACUCAGACGGACGUUCAGCCGCCGUCCAAAGUACUGGAUUGGCGAACGUUUGAGCAGGAGUGCCAGGCGCUGCUGAAUGCGGUCGAGGAGAGCGGUCCUGCCAUUGCUUAUACGAUGGAUACGCCCAUGGACUCGAUAGGCAGCGAGGCGGAGCUGCAGGACCAGCUCCUGUCGUGCUUCCUGAGGCCGCUGCAAUACGCCUCCAAGGCCUCCAAGGCCUCCAAGUCCUUCGUGUGCGGCCGCAUGCGGCCUGACGUGGAGGGCCUGCCCGCCAGCUCAGGGCGCCUGGAUUUCCUGCUCCUGUCCGCCGACUGCAAGACUGUGCUGGUUGCGGUGGAGGUGAAAACGUCAGCCGAGCUCUGGGUACCUGCCGGCCGCAGCAUGCCGGAUGCGUACGACGCCGCGGACAAGGACAGCGGCGUUGCGGAGGCCGUACACCAAUUGUACGGCUACCUUGACCGCGUGCCGUACGGUGUACUGCUGACGGACAGGCAGCUCGUCUGCAUGCGGCGCGAGCACACCCAGCUGCUGUGCAGCCCCAGCAUUCCGCUGACAGCAGCAGCAGAGCCGGGCGAGGCGGCGGCGGCGGGCGGUUGCGGGGCGGGCUCGCUGACCGCCGCGGCAGCGCUGUACUGCACCUUGAGGAUGUCCCAGGCGUGGUGGGCGCAGCGCCGGCACCAGCGCCGGCACCAGCAGCAGCAGCAGCAGCAGCAGCCCAGUGGCGGCAGGCCAGGCAGCGGCAGGGAUGACGCAGCAGCAGCAGCAGCAGCAGCAGCAGCAGCAGCAGGCAGCCACCAGCAGGGGGGAUCCGGACACGUACAACCAGGGGUCGCCGCACAGCCGCCGGGCUCAAGCACGAUCAUGGGUGCCGCCGUGGCGACUGCUGCUGCUGCUGCUGCUGCUGCUGGUGGUGCCGCGCCCGGCGGGCCCACAUCGCCCCCGCCGGCGGUCGUUGCGGAGAGCAGGUGCACCACCAGCCAGCUGUUCCCGGGUUACAGGCCUGACCCGCAGGUUCCGGGGCACACGCCCCGUCGCCUGGCGGACUCGAGCUCGGCCGUGGUGUUGGAGGGGGCUGUGGGCGGCCUGCUGGCAGCCGUGAAGCUGGUGGACUUGUGGCAGGGGUCGGAGGGCAAGAAGCUGCUGCAGCACGAGGCCCGCAUGUACCAGGAGCUGCAGCCGCUGCAGGGCAGCUACGUGCCGCGACUGCUGGGCUACGGCUACUGCGACGGCUGGCAGUACUUCCUGGCCACGAGCCUGGCGGGUCCGUCGUUGAACCGUGAGGCCGGCUGGGCUCUUGGCGAGGAGGCCACACGCGCGGGGGCGCUCGCUGCCCUGGACGCGGUGCACGCGUGCGGUGUCCUGCACGGCGACAUUGCGCUGCGGAACAUUGCGCUGGCGGCCUCGCACUGGCAGCCGAAGGGCAUGGAAGGCGGGGGUGCUGCUGGCGGGGCCGGGGCCGGGGGCGGGGGCGGGGCCGGGGCCGGGGCCGGGGGCGGGGGCGGGGGCGGGGCCGGGGGCGGGGGCGGGGGCGGGGGCGGGGGCGGGAGCGGGGAGGGAGGCAGCGCGUGGCAGCAGGGGCCGUGUGUGGUGCUCCUGGACUUUGGGUACGCCACGCCAGUGGCCACGGCGGCCGAGGGGUCUGGCGAGGAGCCGGAGGAGCUGUUCCGGAGUGAGCGGCAGGAGCUGCAGCAGCUGCUGGAGUGCGGGCCGCCGCGGCCGCCGACGGCAGACGCAGCCUGGGGCGGACAGGCGGCGGCGGCUGCCACAUCAGCAGCAAGCAACGCCAGCGGUGACAUGGCAUGCAACCAAGGAGAGCUGCUGGAACGUGCUGUCUCGCCGGACGUGUGUGCGGCGGACCCAGCAGACGGUUUGGUGGCAGCAACGGGGCCCAGCACCUUUCCGGCCGUGCCCAGCUGUAGCCGCAGGCAGCAGCGCGUGUGCCUCCUGCCAGCACCACCUCCAUCCAGCAGGCCGGGCGCACUGCUGGGCGGCGGCGGCUGGCGGCGGCAGCUGCAGCCGCUCGUGCCGCGCAGGAGCCAGCACUCGCUCGCCCAGCACCACAGCGCCCGCAGCGCAUCGCGUGCGUCGUCAGCAGUGCGGAGGCUGUAGUCAAGGUGGGUGGGUCAGAACAGCUGACGUCCAGUGUGUGCCUACCUCUGUGUGUGUGUGUGUGACUCCAUGAGUGAGGAAACGUUUGGCCUGUACUAUUGAACUUGCAUAACGAGAGGAAUGGACGGGAGCUUGCGUUGGGUGAUGGCACUCCUUGCUUGGCUUCAAAGCGAGGCGCUCGGCCGAUGUGGUGCGAGGCGCUCGGCCGAUGUGGUGCGAGGCGCUCGGCCGAUGUGGUGCGUGGCGCUCGGCCGAUGUGGUGCGAGGCGCUCGGCCGAUGUGGUGCGUGGCGCUCGGCCGAUGUGGUGCGUGGCGCUCGGCCGAUGUGGUGCGUGGCGCUCGGCCGAUGUGGUGCGUGGCGCUCGGCCGAUGUGGUGCGAGGCGCUCGGCCGAUGUGGUGCGAGGCGCUCGGCCGAUGUGGUGCGUGGCGCUCGGCCGAUGUGGUGCGUGGCGCUCGGCCGAUGUGGUGCGUGGCGCUCGGCCGAUGUGGUGCGAGGCGCUCGGCCGAUGUGGUGCGAGGCGCUCGGCCGAUGUGGUGCGUGGCGCUCGGCCGAUGUGGUGCGUGGCGCUCGGCCGAUGUGGUGCGUGGCGCUCGGCCGAUGUGGUGCGAGGCGCUCGGCCGAUGUGGUGCGUGGCGCUCGGCCGAUGUGGUGCGUGGCGCGGCUACUAACCGUACGAUUUCGGGAGCUAGCCUUGCAUUGCACGCCGGUCUGGUGUAUUAGAGAGUGUAAGGCUGUGUGCUGAUGUGCGUAGUUAAAACGGUUUCCGAUGGGUUGAACAAAGACGUAAUUACCACACGUGUGGAACGUACGAUACUCGGCGGUGCUGCUGGCCACGUGCGCGUGGUGCUUGCCCAGCUGGUCUUGCUCUUGUGUUUCGGAUGGCGGGCGGGUGGCUAAUAAAGAUAGGCAGCCGCUGGCACGUAUGGCGGGCCAGGCACCGACUGCAUGCCUGCGCCGUGUGUGUUUGGCAGCGCAACGUCGAUGACCAGCGUGUGCAUGCAUUCUGCACCCUACGGGACUUCGCCAACCUGCCUUAACACUGUCCCAUCGCACAUCAACAGACAACACUCACCGGCGCCGGGGGUGUGCGAUGGGACAGUGGUAAGGCAGGUUGGUGAAGUCCCGUAGGGUGCAGCCCAUUCCCAGACCCCAGAAGAUGGCAAACACCUUGGUGUGCCAGAAGACGUAGAGGCGUCCAGAGUUGGCAAUUGGAUUGGGACCGCCGCGGGGGACACGGGCCUCGAGACUGCCUGCUGGUGUAUAACUUUCGAGGCUUCAAAUCCUUGAAUCUUUGUAAGCACCCGUUCGC